AUGGAUCGGUUUGAAGAUGUAUCAGAUGGUGAAGUAGAUCAUGCUUUCUUUGACAGUGAUUUUGAGGAAGAGAAAAAGAAAGCUGAAGAAAAUGGAGAAUGUAUAGAGGAAGGAAGUACAAAGGCAGCUCUCGCGGACCCUGAUUUGGUUUCUAAUUCAAAGGAUACAAAGUGUUGCAAGGAGGAAAUUGAAGAAAAGCAGAAAGAUUUGCAGAAUGAUCAGUCCCUAGAAAAUAGCACGGAUCAUCAUGGAGGUGCCUCAUCUUUGUCACUUUCACCAGUUGCAGAGAAUGCAGGUACAUCUGGAGCAACAUCUGCAGCAAGUAGGGGAACAGAGGAGAAUGUUCCAACUGGAAUCCCCAAAAUAGUUAAAGAAGGUGAAGAAGAUUAUUAUACAGAUGAAGAAGAUAGUAGUGACGAUGCCAAAAAACAGAAGGUUAGGCCAAAGUCAGCUAAGCAGUCAAACAACAUAAAAAAGGCUAGCAAAAAAUAUACUAAUAUCAGCUCCUCCUCUUCUUCCUCCUCCUCCUCAUCGUCCUCGUCCUCUUCCUCAAGCUCAGAUACAGAUUGUUCUGAUACAGAUUCUGAUAGCUGUUUAUCAGAUUCAUCUCAUUCUUCCCCAAAGAGGCAUGCUUGUAGGAACACUCUUCUGUCUCCAAAACAAAAAUUCAAGUCAGCAAUGAAAUUAGCAGAAGGAAAACCAAAGCUUGGUGACUACUUGGAGGAGUCUGAAGACACAGUGACUGACGUAACACCUCUGUCAACUCCAGACAUCAGUCCUAUCCAGUCUUUUGAACUUGCAGCAUCAAAUGAUAAGAAACUAAAAGUAAAAAGACAGGAAAAUGUGAACCAAGAAUUAUAUGAUUCUGAGUUUGAUCGCAGAUAUAGUCGAAAAGUCUUGCAUGAUGCCAUGGACCUGAAUCAGCUUUUAAAAGCUUUCCUACAGUUGGAGAAGAAAGAACAAAAACUAACCAUCGAUCAGCCGUCUAAAGGAGCAAGGAAAAAUUAUUCUUUCACAAAUGAAGAAGUAAGACAGAUUGAUCGGGAAAACCAAAGGUUGCUAAAAGAACUGUCCAGACAGUCUGCAAAGCCGAGGAGAAGCAGCACCACGUUGAAGAAGUCAGCUGUACCGCCUCCUAGAUUGUACCACAGUGCCCUCAACAGGCAAAAGGAGCAGCAAAGAAUUGAAAGAGAAAACCUGGCUUUCCUGAAAAGACUGGAAGCAGUGAAACCAACAGCUGGUAUGAGGCGUUCUGAACAGUUGAUGGACUAUCAGCGCCAGAUGAGUUACCUAAGUUCUUCACCGUCUGUAAGAAGAGGAAAGUCUGCAUUCAGCCAGCUUAGUCCUUCGAGAGGCACUUCAAGAGCAUCCACUGUACCAAGUACAAUGAGCCAGAGGAACGAAAAACCUGUGUCUGAUUCAGCCAGUGGGGCAUUACAGAGACCUAAACCCACUACUGUUCGUGCUGCUUGGUUAUAA